AUGGCAUCUAAUCCAGAUCAGGCUCAGAAGCCACCAAACGAAACUGUUGCGUUUCACGGCGAAGACGACCUCCUUGUGAGCCUUCGGCGGCAUGUUGACGAAACCAAGACUGAGGAAGCGUAUUCUUCAGCCAUCGACACCACCCGCGACGCGUUGGGGUUUAUACCGCAUACCGACGACGAACAGCCCGAAAACCAACUACGGGAAGGUUGGUACUAUUACUGUCUAGGCGUCUGGACCGGGCUUCGACAGCAGCAAUUUCGCCCCCAAGCCCACAAUGAGAUGGAUGAAACCAUACAACUCCUACAACACGCAAUCAGCCUCACAGAAAAGGUAGCGCAUCAUCCGAAGCUCGGAUUCUGGAUGAUUAGGCUCGCUUGGUACCUGAACGAACGUUAUCAGAAGUACAAUCGAUCAGCUGAUUGUCACGCGGUAAUCCAGCUUCUAGAGCAGAGUCUGUCUCUGUUUGGCCAGGAUGACCAGAAACACAUAUUUAAGGCACGAGCGAUGCUCGGCGCUGCAUACCAGAACCGAUACCAAGUUCAAGGAGAAACUUCGGAUCUAAUCAGGAGCAUUGAACCGCUUGAAAAGGCUCUCCAGUCUCCCACAGCCGUCGACAUGGACAUUGCAGCGGCUCACAUACGCCUAGGGACGGCCUUGAUGCAGUUACUUGAUGUUGGGGGCGAUGUAGCGUCACACUGCUACUGGCAGCGCUAUUUCUACCAGAACUCGCAGGAAGACCUUCUAGAGGCCCAUGCAAUCUUAGAAGGUAUUCAUCUUUCACGAGAAAGACAUCCACGCCCUUUAACAUACAUCGUGUAUCUCGCCGGGAUUAAAAACUCAAUGUAUGACCGCUCCGGAGAUCCUAGCCUUCUCGAUCAAGCAACGUCAUUGCUUCAGGAUGCCAUAUUGAACGAAGAAGGAAGGCCACACGACGCGCAUUAUUACGAAGCAAAAUUGGGGUUACUCAAUGCCCUUGAAGACCGCUAUUCUCACUCCAACGCUGUUGCCGACCUGGAAAGCGCAAUAGCCAUCGCUCGGGGGACUCUAGAACAGCUACCUCCCGAUUCGCAAAGAUACAUGCGCUUUAGUUACAGCUUGAGUCGGUGGCUUCGUAAACAUUGGCAGCGCCUAGGCCGAAUUGAAGAUUUGGACGAGUCGCAGGCAAUUCUACGGACCAUCGUCGAUGCCACUGCCAAUGAUCCGGUGCUAAGAUCAUACAACCUUCAAUACCGGAGGCAAUUGGCAUUUACUAUGAUGCGUAGGAUCGGACUCCUAAGUGACCGCGCCAUAUCGUCUGCAAGUUCCGUGGCACUGGAUGCAAUGAACCUGCUAAAAGGGGUGGUGGCGGAGACCCCACAAGACUUGUUCCACGCCAAGGAGACAGCUGUUAUGCUUCUAUGCCUCUGCUAUCUGUUCCUGCAUCGGAUGGCUUCCAGGACAGAACAUCAAAACUAUCUGGACCUUGCCUUGGAAGAAUGGUUGAAAUUUGGAGACACUUGUCCCGACGUCCCUUGGGUUCAAGAAGAAUUUGCGGCCAUGCUAGAUCGGAUCUACGAAAUGAGGCUCGUCACUUCACCCAGCCUAGGCACAUGGCAAGAGUGCCUUGCCGCUAAGAAGAGGUUUCUUAAGCUGUCCUCAAGCUUCAGGACUCGAUAUGAGACACUGGUUGGGAUAAGUCAGUUGCUGCUCGGUUUGGAGGAAGCGAAGGAGGCUUACGGCUGCCUGCGGUCUGCUGUCGCCCUCAUGCCAUUUUUUGUGGGGGUUUCGAACGCCAGAGACGACCAUGAAUAUAGCAUCAAGGAAGCAAGCGAAGCUGGGUUCACAAUCGCCACAUAUACAUCCGAAGAAACGGAUGACGAGACUACGGAGGUAUUAGUGUCACCAGCAUUGAGCAAAGUGGCACUGGCACUCACCCUAGGCAUUGGUUUUGAGGAGCCCCCAGAGAGCCUGCUUGCAAUAAGCGAGUGCGGUAGAGGCAUUGUUGCCGCCAGCUCACUUCCGUUCAAGACGGCGUUAAUCUCAGGCAACCUAUCGACCGACUACCCUGCCCUAUUCGACGAAUUUCUCGAACGUAAGGAAGCUGCUGCAAGGAUUAGGCCUUCUCCGUUCUCGGUCGAGGAGCUUGAUCGGGAUCUCCGAGCAAGGAUCCAGAAGAACGACGCAUCUCGCGCCCUUCAGGAGACAUUGAAGAAAAUUCGAGACCUCCCAGGAUAUGAACGCUUUCUUCUUUCCCCUGAGUCUAAAGACGAUUUCGCACAACUCAGCAAAGACUGCGGAGGAGCGCUUGUCUAUCUGAAUGUAUCUGAGUUGGGUUCCCAUGCGGUUCUCAUCACUCCGGAGAAUUUGAAGAUACUGCCGCUUCCAGAUCUAGCAUUCGACAAUGUGGUGGGAAAUGUUAAUCUACUGCGAAAUGAGAUCUUGCAAGGGUCGCUCCGCACCUUCGCUGCUCGGUCAAGAAAAUUUCAAGAGGUCCUAAGGUGGCUAUGGAAUACUACGGUCCAUCCGGUUCUUCAAGAGCUUGGGCUGAAGGGCAAACGCCGAGAGCAUUCCCUCCCACGUCUCUGGUGGAUCCCGGCCGGAAUCAUGGCAUACCUGCCUAUUCACGCCGCAUGCGACCGACCUGAUCACGGCGUCUUCACGUACGCAAUAUCAUCGUAUGCGACGACUCUCAAGGCUCUUUCAUUUUGCCAGAAACAAAGCAACCAAACUCAAGAGGAACCUGGCGAUACUGAAGAGGACUUCUACCUACUUGCCGGCAUGCCACAUACUCCAAGUUUCUCUGAGCUUCCCAUGGUAGAAUCUGAGCUGGAUGGGGUAGCCAAUGCAAUCAAUCAGAUCGUUGAUUGCGUGCGAGUUACUAGUCCUACGAAAGACACCGUCAUGGAGGUCCUUCCCGCAUGCAGUCAUGUUCAUUUUGCCUGCCAUGGCGUUUCUGAUGAAGACAGCCCUUCCAACAGCGGCAUCGAGCUGCAGCACUCAGACAAUCCUCAAAUGUCGGAUAGACUGACGGUUCGAGAUUUAUCUGAGAUUGGUCGCCAAAGCAAGCGAUGGACAAGCGUUUUCCUUUCUGCUUGCUCUUCGGCAGACACGGCCGUGCACUCCUUGGUGGAAGAGAGCUUGCAUCUUACCAGCGAGUUCCAGAUGCUCGGGUUUCCUAACGUUGUAGCGUUUUGCGGUUUCGCUAUCUUCAUAUCCAUCAACUAUUUCCUCAUCUGCUUCUCCAUCAGUAUCCGCCAGCACAGCUUCUACGACGUCUUCUUCCCCUUCGUUAUCCUGUGA